UUUUCCACAGAGACCUCCCCCGGGCCCCUCCGCGGGGAACACCAUUGUUUAGGAAAGCUUAGGCCAAGUGACAGGGAGGGAGUGUACCCACAGCUGAUUAUGUCAGCCUCAAUUUGGGGGCCUCUGCGCUGGCCACGUUAACGGGGAGCCCUGAGAGGAACUACUCACAGCGGUCUUGGAGGGGCUUGUGUCACUGCAGUCCCCCCUCAGCUCAGCCUGGCACUGCAUUUCCCCAAAUUAGGACUCAGUGUUCUGCUCCCCUCCCCUUUAUAAAAAGCAUAGUUUCCAGCACCUUCUCCAUCGCUGAGGCUCCUUCCCCUCCUUUAUCUAUCCUUGUUAACUACAAAAUCACCGUAUUUAUUGACCACCCACGGUGUGUCAGGUUCUGUCCUGGGGACUGGGGAAUGCAGUGAGGUGACAGAUGAGGUCCUCCGUUCUCUUUCGUCCUAGGGCUGGGGAUCUGACGACCUUGCCACCCGACCUGUGUCUCGCCAGGGUCCCAGUCGGUCUCUUCCCUCAUCCGCCCCUUAUGUUCCCCCUGUAGCCCUGGCUUCCUGGCCCCCACUUUUGGGGCGCCCCUAACUGUGGGCGGCUGCAUCUUCAGGAGCGCAGCAGCGCUAGUCACUACGUAGGCUUCCUGGAGACCUUUUCUUUGAUUGGGUACAGAAGCACCUGGCAUUGUUUCCCUUUACAGCCCUUUCUGGCCCUGGCUGUGCUUCUGUUGUUUGUAUCCUCCCCUGCACUCCUCCCCCUGUCACGCGGGGACCCUCAAUUGCCAUCCUCCUGGCUGUCCACAGGGUUUGAAGUGUCAGAGGAAGGGGCUGGAUAAAAUGGCUUUAUUGUGAUGAGAGGGCUGGGGAGAGGAACCCAGGAGAAGCCAGGCUGGGUUUCUGUGUGCCCCCGUCCUCCCAGGGACCAGCCAUCUCAUCCAACCUGGCCCACCCCCCAAGGGUCUGCAUUCCUUUUCCCCAUCUCUGGCAAGGCCUAGGUGUCCUGUUCUAGGGCCGGACGGUCCAGGAAGUAGACCUCUCUUAAGCACCAACCGUGGCCCAGACAUUUUCCCCGAAGAAGGGCAGCUUAUCGCCCCUCCCGCCCUCCCAUUAUCCACUGUGCAACCGUCCUGCGCCCGCUGGCUGCGUGGUGGUGUCUGGGGCCUUUCAGCCCAGCGCCAGCACCCAGGUCCACGUGCGCCCGUGUGUGUGACACAGCCCUGACCUCAGUAGGGGCCAGUAGCCAAUCAGGCGCCGGGACGGGAUUCCCCGGCCAAUCGGGGGCGGGGCCUGCGGCUCCGCCGGCAGGAGGCCAAUGAGGGGCAGUGUCUGGCAUUAUGCAACCCGCCUCCUGGCCCCGCGAAGCUUCCACUCGGCUGAGCGCUGCAACGGCGGCGGGCAGGCGACCGGAGGGCGCUCGCGCGGCCAGGUAGGCAUCUCCAGGGCCACCCGGGGACCGGUCUUCCGCUCCAAGUCGGACUUCCAGCCCGAGGCGCUGCUUUCGGCCCUGGCGCUCGGACGGCACACGGGUGCUGCCCGUGAUCGAACUUCUCAAUCCUCAGAGGCUUGGAUCUCCCUCACUCCCGCAGCCAGGCCGGCCGGCCCCCUCGUGCGCUCGUGGUGGCCUCUCCGCCUUCCGUGUUUUCCUCCUGCCCUCCCCAUGGCCCAGACAUGAGUGGCCCCCUAGAAGGGGCUGAUGGGGGAGGGGACCCCGGGCCGGGGGAAUCCUUUUGCCCGGGAGGGGCCCCAUCCCCUGGGCCUCCGCAGCACCGGUCUUGCCCUGGUCCCAGCCUGGCUGAUGACACAGAUGCCAACAGUAAUGGCUCCAGCGGUAACGAAUCCAAUGGGCCUGAAUCCCGGGGGGCAUCUCAGCGGAGCUCACACAGCUCCUCGUCCGGCAACGGCAAGGACUCAGCCCUGCUGGAGACCACUGAGAGCAGCAAGAGCACGAACUCUCAGAGUCCGUCCCCGCCCAGCAGUUCCAUUGCCUACAGCCUCCUGAGUGCCAGCUCUGAGCAGGACAACCCGUCUACCAGUGGCUGCAGCAGUGAACAGUCAGCCCGGGCAAGGACCCAGAAGGAACUCAUGACGGCUCUGCGGGAGCUCAAGCUUCGGCUUCCCCCCGAGCGUCGGGGCAAGGGCCGCUCUGGGACGCUGGCCACGCUCCAGUACGCUCUGGCCUGUGUGAAGCAGGUGCAGGCCAACCAGGAGUACUACCAGCAGUGGAGCCUGGAAGAGGGCGAGCCCUGCGUCAUGGACAUGUCCACCUACACGCUGGAGGAGCUGGAGCACAUCACGUCCGAGUACACGCUGCGCAAUCAGGACACCUUCUCCGUGGCGGUCUCCUUCCUGACAGGCCGCAUCGUCUACAUUUCGGAGCAGGCGGGUGUCUUGCUGCGCUGUAAACGGGAUGUGUUCCGGGGGGCCCGCUUCUCGGAGCUGCUGGCGCCCCAGGAUGUGGGCGUCUUCUAUGGCUCCACGGCCCCAUCUCGCCUGCCCACCUGGGGUGCUGGGACCUCGGCAGGUUCAGGUGCCAAAGACUUCACCCAAGAGAAGUCUGUCUUCUGCCGCAUCAGAGGAGGUCCUGACCGGGACUCAGGGCCUUGGUACCAGCCAUUCCGCCUCACGCCCUAUGUCACCAAGAUCCGGGUGUCUGAAGGGGCCGCAGCACAGCCAUGCUGCCUGCUCAUUGCAGAACGCAUCCACUCGGGUUACGAAGCUCCCCGGAUCCCCCCAGACAAGAGGAUCUUCACCACUCGGCACACUCCCAGCUGCCUCUUCCAGGACGUGGACGAAAGGGCCGCCCCGCUGCUGGGCUACCUCCCCCAGGACCUCCUGGGGGCCCCAGUGCUCCUGUUCUUGCAUCCUGAGGACCGACCCCUCAUGCUGGCCAUCCACAAGAAGAUCCUGCAGUUGGCCGGCCAGCCCUUUGACCACUCCCCAAUCCGCUUCUGCGCCCGGAAUGGAGAGUAUGUCACCAUGGACACCAGCUGGGCUGGCUUCGUGCACCCCUGGAGCCGCAAGGUGGCCUUUGUCUUGGGCCGCCACAAAGUACGCACGGCACCCCUGAACGAGGACGUGUUCACGCCGCCGGCCCCCAGCCCGGCUCUGUCUCUGGAUUCCGACAUCCAGGAGCUCUCGGAGCAGAUCCACCGGCUAUUGUUACAGCCUGUGCACAGCCCCAGUCCCACGGGGCUCUGUGGAGUGGGACCUGUCGCUUCCCCAGGCCCUCUCCUCAGCCCUGGCUCCUCCAGUGACAGCAACGGGGGUGACGCCGAGGGACCUGGGCCUCCUGCGCCAGUGACGUUCCAGCAGAUCUGUAAGGACGUGCACCUGGUGAAGCACCAGGGACAGCAGCUUUUCAUCGAGUCCCGCGCUCGGCCUCCGGCCCGGCCCCGCCUCCCUGCUACAGGCACAUUCAAGGCCAAGACCCUUUCCUGCCACUCGCCAGACCUGGAGCUGGAAAUGGUCCCUGCUCCCCUCCAGGCCCCACUCACCUUGACCCCUGAGGAGGCUGAGAGGAAAGAUGCGUCCACUUGUUCCUACCAGCAGAUCAACUGCCUGGACAGCAUCCUCCGGUACCUGGAGAGCUGCAACAUCCCCAGCACGACCAAGCGGAAGUGUGCCUCCUCGUCGUCCUGUACCGCCUCCUCAGCCUCCGACGAUGACAAGCAAAGGACGGGUCCGGUCCCUUUGGGGGCCAAGAAAGAUCCAGCACCGGCAGUGCUGUCCGGGGAGGGGGCCGGCCCACAGAAGGAGCCCGUGGUAGGAGGCGCCCUGAGCCCGCUCGCCCUGGCCAAUAAGGCGGAGAGCGUGGUGUCUGUCACCAGCCAGUGUAGCUUCAGCUCCACCAUCGUCCAUGUGGGAGACAAGAAGCCCCCGGAGUCGGACAUCAUCAUGAUGGAGGACCUGCCUGGCCUGGCUCCAGGCCCAGCCCCCAGCCCAGCCCCCAGCCCCACGGUAGCCCCCGACCCCGCCCCAGACGCCUACCGCCCAGUAGGCCUGACUAAGGCCGUGCUGUCCCUGCACACACAGAAGGAGGAGCAGGCCUUCCUCAGCCGCUUCCGAGACCUCAGCCGACUGCGGACGCUCGAUGGCUCCUCCCCGGCUCCCCUGGCCCCUGGCGAGCGAGGCAGACGCAGGACUCAGGACUGGGCUCUCCCACCCACCUCAUCGCUCGAGCUAGGCCGAGUGCGGCCUCGACUGGCAGGAGGAGUGCCCAGGCUGGCGUUGCUGUGGGAGUUUGGCGGAGGGACCGGAGCCGCCUGCCCCCGCAUCCACGGACCCACCCUGCUUCCUCCCAUCGGCCACCGGGCCUCUGCCUUCCGCUGCCACCAUGGCCCCGCACCCCACGGUCGCCGACACCACUGCCGCUCCAAAGCCAAGCGCUCCCGCCACCACCAGACCCCCCGGGCUGAUGCACCCUGUUACGGCUCCCACCCACCGCCUGUGUCACCCUCGGCCCCCUGGCCCCCCCCACCAGCCACUGCUCCCUUCCCAGCCAUGGUCCAGUCCUACCCUCUCCCAGUGUUCUCCACUCGAGGAGGCCCCCAGCCUCUCCCCUCUGCCCCCACAGCUGGGCCCCCUGCAGCUUUCCCUGCCCCGCUGGUGACGCCCAUGGUAGCCUUGGUGCUCCCUAACUACCUGUUCCCCACCCCAUCUAGCUAUCCCUAUGGGGUAGCCCAGACCCCCACCGAAGGGCCUCCCACCCCCGCCUCCCACUCCCCUUCUCCGUCCCUGCCCCCACCGCCCCCCAGUCCUCCUCGAGGGCCGGACUCUCCGAUAUUCAACUCCCGCUGCAGCUCCCCGCUCCAGCUGAAUCUGCUACAGCUUGAGGAGCCCCCGCGUGUCGAAGGGGGCGCUGUUGCAGGGGGCCCUGGGAAUAGUGCUGGGUCCCCACCCUCUGGCGAGGAGGCCACUGAGCCAGAGGCCAGACUGGCGGAGGUGACCGAGUCCUCCAACCAGGACGCGCUGUCGGGCUCCAGUGACCUGCUGGAGCUGCUGCUGCAGGACUCCCGCUCCGGCACGGGCUCCGCCGCCUCCGGCUCCCUGGGCUCCGGCCUGGGCUCUGGCUCGGGCUCGGGCUCCCACGAGGGAGGCAGCACCUCAGCCAGCAUCACACGCAGUAGUCAGAGCAGCCACACGAGCAAGUACUUCGGCAGCAUCGACUCUUCUGAGGCCGAAGCUGGGGCUGCCCAGGCCAGGGCUGAGCCCGGGGACCAGGUCAUUAAGUACGUGCUCCAGGAUCCCAUCUGGCUUCUCAUGGCCAACGCUGACCAGCACGUCAUGAUGACCUACCAGGUGCCGUCCAGGGACGUGGCCUCUGUACUGAAGAAGGACCGGGAGCGGCUCCGGGCCAUGCAGAAGCAGCAGCCUCGGUUCUCAGAGGACCAGCGCAGGGAACUGGGUGCCGUGCACUCCUGGGUCCGGAAGGGUCAGCUGCCUCGGGCCCUCGAUGUGAUGGCCUGUGUGGAUUGUGGCAGUAGCACCCAAGACCCUCAACACUCCGAUGACCCCCUCUUCUCAGAACUGGAUGGACUGGGACUGGAGCCUAUGGAGGAGGGUGGAGGCGAGGGUGGGGGUGGGGGUGGGGAGGGCGAGGGCGGAGAAGAGACCCAGGCUCGACCUGGGGCCAGGGUCUCCAGCUCUCAGGACCUGGCCAUGGAGGAGGAGGAACAAGGUGGGAGCUCAUCCAGUCCAGCCUUACCUGCCACAGAAAAUGGCACCAGCUAGACCACAUUUGGGGGCCCCCUGUGGCAGUGCAUGAGAAGCUUCCUUCUCCCAUGUUCCACCUCUCAGAACUCCAAUGUGGCUGGACCGACCAAUAGGAAACUGCCCCAGCUUCUCCCUCUUAGGGGGCGGGACCCCCAUCAGCAGCCCAGGAUCCAGGGGCUGCCUCCGGCUUCUGGGGGUACAGAGGGGGGUAUUCGUCAGCCCAGCCCAGAGAAGCCUCAUCUCCCAGCUCUGGUGAGGAGCCCUUCCUUCCCCUGGACGAG